CGCGCGCACGCGUACAAGGCAUAUUUUUUAUAUGGUCCGCGAACGACGACAUAACCCAGUAUUGAUCGGGCUUCUGCCGCGGAACGGUGUCUUGGAAAUGUGAUAUGGACAUUGCGCGUUUAAUCAAUGCGCUGUAAUUAUUUAAUUCAAGGCGACUGAACGGCGAUUUCAUAAUGGAGUGAUUUAAUGGCGAACUUGUAACGUGAACGGAGCGAUGUCGAAGAUACCGGUGGACAGAAAUGGAAAAACAAGAUCUUUAGAAAUUCGAAACGCAUAUCCCAAUGAAACUACAAAUAAAAGAAGCUAUUCUGCAGAUAUUAAAAACUCGUACGCAAUAGAAAGCAGAAGUAGUGAUGAAAACCAUAAAAAUGAUUUAAAAGAAAAAAUAUAUUUCAAACCAUAUACUACAUUGAUACCGAAGAUUAAUUUCAACAUGGACAAAGUUGUCGACAGAAAUCCAAGAAUUUUAGAUUUGCGUGAAAAAUUAAACGAAAUUUCUAAAAAGCAAGAAAUGAAUGUAGAUAAAAAAACUAAAAGUCUGCUUAAUGACAUUACACAACAGCUGGUUGAAGACAAAGAAGGGGAUGACUCAGGACCAUAUAGUUUAUUAUUUGAUAUUGAUAGCCCUUCUACGUCAACCAAAGAAGACCAGUCAAGCAGGGUUGAUUAUGAAGACGCGGAUUUACAUUCCCGUUACCCUAAUAAAUGUCCCAACUCAAUUAUUGCAGUUGAGCGGCUGCCUAAUGUUUUAAAUUUUGAUACCAAGCCAAUGAAUGAGUUUGAGUACUCGUGUGAAAAAGAAUUUAGCCCAAUAACUAAGAAAACUUUUAACACUCAUUCCCGAUCAGAUCUUUGUUUACAAUUAAAGUCGCAUAUACGAAAUAUCGACACGAAUUCAAGUCCGAACGAAAACUCUAUGACAAGAAAUAAUGAGGAAAACUCUUUAGAUGACAGUUUAGGCAUCCUAACACCGGAUCAAAUGGAUGAUAUUUGCUACUUAGAAAAUUCGUUUUCGCCCACCGUUGAGGGAUUGCCUAUAUUUUGUGGAAAUAAUGAAUAUAAAGUCUCUCCAGAUAAUGGCGAUACUCCGUCUACCGAUAAGACUGAAUCUAACUCAGCAGCAUCGACAAUUCAGAACGACUGCUAUGAAAAUACUAUAAAUUUAAGAAAAUCUAGUGUCGUAAAAGAAACUUUUGCCCCAAUCGCAACUAUUGAUGCUAUUGAAAUUACUUCCUGUGAUAAUGAUGUAUUAUUGACGUAUUCUAAUAAUUUAUUAAAUCAUCCUGAUGGUUGUUCUCCACAAAAUAUAUUACGAAAAGAAGAAUAUCUAACACUAGACACAGAAUCGUGUCAAGACAUCUCCGUGUCUGAAGCAUUAGAAGAAGAAUUUUUACCUUCUAUACACGGUAGUAUACUAGAACCAGCGAGUUCUAUGGCCGAUACAACUGUGAAUAUGGAGAUACCAUUAGACGUUAAAAAUGGUAUGCCUGUAAUUACAAACAGGAUAGAACAAACACCAUCACCUGAAGAUUUGCCUUUAGAUAAUUCAGACGUAAAUGGAGAAAUAAGUACCUAUUCUCAGUUUUCUUCAUCAACUCUGCAUGAUUCCCAAACAUAUUCAGAUAGCAAGAGCAACGAUUAUACAAAGUCUAUGGAAACGUCAAAGGUAUCGAAUAGUUUUAUAACAAGUAUAACAAGUAUUACGAGCCUAGACGGGUAUCAGGGUGAUGGUGAAAUGUCAAGACCCGUUAGCAGAAGUGCAGAACAUAAUUUAGGUCCUCGUGAAGAAGUCAUAGAUAUGGAUUGGCAAAACAUUGCGGUGCCUAGAAGAGUUGAUCCUAUGACAGAUUCCGACUUCUUUACAGAGAGUGAUGCUGAUGGGUUCGAUGAGCAAAUGCAAAGGGGUGAUAGACGCGCUCAAGUUAUAGAUGGUGCCUUAUACGGAGGAAAAAAUAAAAAAGCAAAUCAGCCUUUAAUAGUUAAUAGAAGUGAAGAUUCUUGUAUGGAAUCAAGCGGAGUUUAUACAGAUUUUGAAAAUCAACGCGCUUCCCCUGUUUUUUUGAAUGUUAUAAAUGAUAUGUCACCAGCCUCUACGAUAUCGUCGCGCUCGGAUUGCAGCCAAAAAAAAUUAGAAGACAUUUAUUAUACACCUUUAAACAAUCAUCUAAAUAAUACUUUAGAGGAAAGCGAUCAAAAUAUCGCAUGUUUAUUGGAUGACGACAAUAUAACACCCAAGAAUACCAGUAAAAGAAAUUCUAUAAAAAGUGACAAAAGUGAAAUUAACACAUGUGAAAAGAAUAAAGAAGAAAAGAGGAGUUUCACUUUAAAGAAGUACAAAAUGCCGAAGCGCGAUGUUCCAAGCAAGCUUAAAACGAUGUUACAAAGUCGAAAAAGCGAGGUCGAUAAUAAUGUUCAAAAUAGUCCUAAAACAGUGAAGAAAACGGAAAGACGAGAGAGCUUUUUGAAAAAGAACGUAAUUGACAGCAAAACUGAUUACAGAGUUAAGUCUUACAAAGAUAUCAAAUCAAAAGUCGAUUGUUCAUUUUCAUUACAACGUUCUCAGACUUCAUGUAGUGUAACCAGAAUCAUGAGUUCCAAAUCUCAAAACCAAAAUGCGAAACCAAAAAGUCGUCACAUGCGAAUGCGGCUGGAGCUGGGGUCGGCGCACGGCAGCGGCAAAAGCAGCCUUCACAGCUCACAGAGCGACAUCAGCGCCACCAGCUCGCCUGCACCCAAACACACCACCGCUCGCUUCCCCCUGCGAAAUGGGAAAAAGAGGGAGCCUACAACCCCGGCAAACCGGACGCCGACUGCCUCCACCCCGCAGCCGCCGCCAACUCAAGCCAAAAAGAAUGGUGUGGUACAGAAAUUGUCGUCGUCGCCAGUGGCGGUGCGUCCGCGUACGUCUCUGGCGCCACCGCCAUCACCCAGGAAACCAGUCCCCAAUAGGACCACGCCACAGAGACCUACUACGCUGCCUGCUACUAAAGAACCACCGCGAGUAGCGACAGCGGUAGGGCCACGAGGCAAGCGGGCGCAGACGCCGCAGCAAGCUGCCAGAUCGCCGCCCGCCCCGCAGCCUGCGCCUGCGCCAGCCCCCCUCAUCCCGCUAACUGCUGCCUCCACGGAACAAGCAGACGCUUUGGCUCACGCCGCAAAAGGUGUCGAAGCCCUUGGUGUAUUGGUGCAAUACUUAGUGUUCCGACUGGAUGCACUAAACGGCAGCUCAUGGCGGGUAGAAGCCGAGCGGUGGCGUGGCGUGGCAGCGGCAGAACGCAGCAGUGCUGCUCGCGCCGACCGCGACAGACAGCAGCGUGCGCAAAAGGACCUCGACACCAUCGCAGAAUGCCUGAGCAAGAUCUCAGAGCUAGAGAUGGAAGUAUCUUCAAAGGAAGAGGCGAACGCUCGUUUACAAGCCACACAUAUAGAAGAGGUCUCGGCCUUGGCCAACGACGUUAAAGGACUGAAGGACACUAUUGAUUCCCUAAAACAUGAGGUAGCAGAGAGUAGGACGAGGCUACAUGCCCACAGUGAGAUUGAGCGUACACUACGUGCCCAGCUCGCUGCAGUGCGAGAAGAUGUCGAUCAGGGGCCGGGCACUCCGUAUGCCUCUGGGGAAACAGGGAAGAAAUAUACCUGUGACGCGGCUUGUGACCCCAUCUGCUGGGAGGCUGAAGAGUGUGAGCUGAGGAUACAGGCUAACGAGGAAUUGAGCAAGGACGCUACUGAAUUAGCCGCAGAGGUUCGGUCUCUACGCUCGGUGGUAGAACUAAAGCAAGCAGAGGUCGCAUCACUGCGGGAUUCUCGCAGUGAGCUAGCAGCAGAGCGCGAACGGCGUGCCGCCGCCGAGCGUGACGCGGGCAGUGCCCGUCAAGCUGCAGAGGAAUUACGCGAGCGUGGCGCUGCCAGGCAGCGAGAAGUCGAUCGCCUUAGAGACGACAAUCGCCGCUUAAGAGAAGUCGCUGCUCGUGAUCGGGACCACGCCGCGCGUCUUCUGGCCCACAACGAAGAGCUCAGAUACAAACUUCGACAGAAGUCACAGGUGGUCUCUCUGCUAGCGGGCGGUGCGUACGUAGAGCGCAGUGGGUCUCGUCCCCACACUUGUUCGUCCGGGGACUCAUCCCCUCCCGCGUCUCCCCCCGCCUCCCCUUCUGGUUCCCCCUCGCCCUUAACGCCUCCGUUGCCCGCUGUCAAAGGAGUUGUGGAGAAACACGACUCUGUCAGUUGGGUGCUGGAGAUAGAGGAGACGCCUGAGGAGAUGGCUUCCAGACUGGCACGCAAAUCAUCUUUUCGUUCGUCGACAUCCAGUGGCGUGAAGCGACGCGGGGAAGGCUCCCCUGCCCCCGCGUCCCCCGCCCCUAACGCGUCUAAACUUUUCCGGCCAGGUGACUUGGACUUCCCUCCCCCGCCCCCGCCACUUAAGGAAGCCGCCGGAGAGGCCAUCUAUAUAUACGACGAAGGUCAUUACUGAACCGUUAUUACCCGGCUCGAAGGACCAUAACCACGGAGAGACUGAUUCGUUUGGAAAGUCUACUUUACUCACGUAUGAUAUGUUUUUGAACCUAACUAAUGUUUAGGUGAACAGUUUGAGGAUUGUGAUCAAUGAAUACUUAAAUACAUAGACCAACGUUGUCUAUUGAAUGUCUGAAGGGAAAUUGAGGGAAAAUUUCUUGCCGGAUUAUCACUGGAUUUAUUGAAAUAUGGAAAUGCUUAAACGUUUUUUUAUCGAACUAUUGGUGAUUUAUGUUCGCCGUCAGAUUGCGAUUGUUUAGUGUUACGGGUUGAUUCCCUAAGCUGGAACUUUAGUUGUGAAAGGCUAUAUUUUAAUGUUUCAAUGCUUUCUCACAUAUAUAUAUUGAUCGGUACGUUUUGAUAUAAAAUCGUCUCAUUGCACCAAUAAGACGUUUUAGUUUCAUUUGGUCUGCAUUUUCUGGGACGUGUAUUUGCAUGCAUAUUAAUAAAACCUUAAGACAAUUAUUGUGAAUCAGUAAGUGAUUUAAGAGUGAUCCAAUAUAGUCCGUAUUCCACCGAUAUUAAUAACGCGCUUUCUAGAAGCAUAUUUUACAAGUUUAAUCGAUAAUUGUCGCGUAUAGAGCUUCGAUCUAAUGAAAGUAAACCUUGUUUGUUUAAUAUUUGGUAAACGCGAGUACUACAAAUAUUGGUAAUAAACGCAUAUUUAUUACAUUAUGUAUUUAACUAGACGAGUGCCUAAUAGCAAUUGUGGUCAAUCUGAGACAUGUAAACUGAACUGAAUUUCAUCAUUGGAGUCGAGACAGAAUACGAAAUUCCACUCGACGUCCGUCCGUCUGGCAGUUUUUCCCGCGCACCACAUUAUUUAUUUAUUUAUUUUCCUUAUUUCCUAUUAUGUGAAACCAGCUGCCCACGAAAGUGUUUCUAAAUCAAUUCGACGUACUUAUAAUAAAUAAUAGGGUCCUUAGAGCGUACCAAUUCUUAAAAGGCCGGCAACGCACUCGCGAGCCCUCUGGCAUUGAGCGGCGGCGGCGGUAUAACUUGACAUCAGAUGAGCCUCCUGCCCGUUUGCCCCCGGUUCUAUAAAAAAAAUGUUAACAAGUCGAGUUAAGUAAAUAACGUAAUAUAUUCGCUAAAGAUAUUUGUUGUUUGAUAUAUGUAGUACUUUAAUAUCGAGUAACUUGCUGAUAUGAAUUAAACAACUACAAUUAAUUCCCAUAUUUAUAAAAUCUCUGUAUCGUACAACUUAUCUGUCCCUCUUUAUCAUAUCGUGAAAACAAUUUAAGAGAAAGAGACACGCGACAAUUAAAAUUCGUUCGAUUAAACUUAUAUUAUCCACAGUAGACGGUAUGACUUUAUUGUCUUAAGGCAUUUAAUCAACCAUUUGUAACAGUUAUAUUAAUUACUAUUAAAUCUUCUCUCGACUCUUUCUUCCAUUAUAUUAAACACUUCUAGUCUUAUUUAUCUUUGCUCUCGUACAUCUCUUCUAUUUAUUGGUGCAAUAUCGUUUAAAAUUGUUAAUGAUGUUAUGUUAAGAUAAUGGAAUAUGCAAUACGCCGUGCUCAUAUAUUGUGGCAAUGUUAUUACGUUUAGGAUUUCGUAUUGUGUGUCCAUUAUUGUAUAUUAUUAUGAUAGUUUAUCUUGGUUGUUGGAAUUGUUUUUAUUUUCAUGUACAAAUAAUGAUUGAGAAAUAGAUGUAAGUAGUUUACGGAUGUGUAGUACUGAUUUUCACAAUGUAGGCUAUAUUUAUUUAAGAUUUUUGAUAAAACAAUGAACCAAAGAGGCAGUCGGUCAGCUUCUCUCUUUGCUUUCGUUUGCAUGUCAUGUGCUUGUCAACUGUCAAGUUUAUUUAUUUUUAAGCUAUGUAUAAAUAGUUUUACCAUUCCAAAUAAUUUCAUGAUUAGGAGAGUAUCUAUUAUGAAGGAUUAAAUAAUAAUAUUACAAUGUGA